AAAUUGCCCUCAUCGAUCUUCUUUAUUCCCGACUUGGCCUCUCACAACCUUUCCUUUCUUUCUUAGAUUCUUCUUUCAUCUCUGACCUCCUCCAUCCUCCCCUCCCCUCUCCCGCUGCAGUUCUCGGUUUUUCACGUCGACCAGAUCUCAGCCCGACGGUCGCUACUCCCCCAAUUUUUCACAGUCUCGAUUCACCCAUGACGCUUGGCUCAGGAGGAUCGAGUGUUGUGGUCCCUAGGAAUUUCAGAUUGCUGGAAGAGCUCGAACGUGGGGAGAAGGGUAUUGGAGAUGGCACUGUAAGCUAUGGAAUGGAUGAUGGAGAUGACAUUUACAUGCGCUCUUGGACUGGCACGAUAAUUGGUCCUCACAAUACUGUACAUGAAGGCCGGAUUUAUCAAUUGAAGCUUUUCUGCGACAAAGAUUACCCUGAGAAGCCACCUAGUGUUCGUUUCCAUUCACGAGUCAACAUGACUUGCGUAAAUCAUGAAACCGGAGCGGUAUGACUCUUUAUUCUUCAUGUGUAGGAUUGUUUUGAAUUUGUGCUUCUCUUACUCUCAUGGUUUAAGUUUUUGAGUAGUAUACUCCUGGUGGUACUGAAAUCGUGAGCAAUAACAAAUCUUACCUUAGUCUAUGGAUGGCUCUGUGUUAAUCUUCAACAUGACUAGUUUACUAUUGAAAUGGUGGCAGGUGGAAUCGAAGAAGUUUGGACCGCUUGGGAAUUGGCAGAGAGAGUACACGAUGGAAGAUAUACUGACACAGCUGAAGAAGGAGAUGGCAGCCCCACACAACCGGAAGCUUGUGCAACCUCCAGAGGGAACCUACUUCUAGCCAUGAAGAAGGAAAGGUGGUGGAGGCUAAUGAUGGAACAUAUCAAUUGCCCGGACGCAAUCCCGGGCACAUAUACAAGUUUGUAAUGGUGGGAACUGGGUGAGGUUUUUGGGACAUACAAUUGAAUGUGCCCCCCCUUGAAGGAAAGCCAGCCUUCUCUACUUGGUCUGGGUCUCUUUGUGUCAUUUGGUUGCCUUAUUUCCUGUUGAAUCUGAUGUGUCCCGAAGAAGGAAUGCUGCUGUUUGAUUAAUGGGAUAUUUUCAUGUGCCAUCAAGUAUUUAAGGUAGUUCCCUUUAAAAAAAAGUAUUUAUGUGGUAGUCAAAUGUCGUUCGACUUUCACUCGUACUUUAGCUUUUUAUAUAUCACCUCUUUGACAUUUCCCUACACCAUGAAUGCUUUCAUCCCUUGUCUUUAGUGCAAAAGCAGCAACAGUAGCAAGAUGGAUGGUGCAAUUUUCUGCACUAAACUUUGUUUCUAGGGAUCUGUCAUAACGAGACGAACUUUGUUUAAUAGCAAUGUUAAUCUCACGUGAAUCUUGUUUAUAGUACUUGGAAAGGUCAAGCUUGAUGGGCUGAUUGAUUAACGUUCUGAACGAGUCAUUUUCUUUGGAGGUGGGUUCAUUGCACAUGGAUGGUAGCUAGCUUAUGGCUGCCUUUUUAAUCGAAGCAAGCUGGGAAUAUUGCUCAGAUCGCAGCAUUGACGCCACCGCCGCACGUUUUAGCCUGCUUCGAGAAAGGAGGUAGUGGUGAAAUUACCGUCUGUGACCCUCCAACAUAGUUUGGCACCUCAGUUGCAUCAUUCCCCAGAUGACAGACACAACUACCACUCAAACAGGCACGAGAAGAGACUCAAAAGCUCUCCCCGUAAAGUCUUUUUGCGCAUUUAUGUAAACUAUUUCUUUUGUAGAAUCUUAUAUUUAUUUAUUUAUUUAUUUCAAUGAAUAAAAGCAACUUUUCAUUAGUGUCUCUCACACUUCUCCAAGUAUGAGUGAGAAAAUUUCUAGUCAUUUUU